AUGCCGGUCGAUCGCCUGUUGUCUACGCUGUUGCGCUCGUUGCAGACAUAUACGGAUCAGCAAGACACGCCACGCCUACUUGGGACCGCGUCAUCGCUACUCACCACCCUCGGCAACCCUCACAACCUCAGUCUACUCACCUCCCAUCUCCUUACUGCGCCCGCACUAUGGGACCGCCCUGAUGGCGUGCGCACCCCCCUACGCAUGCUCUCCGUCUUCCACGCUGCGGUCACCACCAUCAUCAACCACCACAAUGACGUGCGUCAUAAUAAGGCAUCCAAGCUCGUGCCUGGUCAAACUCCUAUAGGCGGAGGUCUAUCGCUAGACGAAUGGAUACGCGCAAUUGUCGCCGGCGCGGAUGACCGAAGCCGCCGAUGGAAGCACUUGGUAGUUUUGGGAGGCUUGUUGAUUGGUACCGGGAAUCUAGAAGAGCAGGGAAUGGAUUUGUACUGGGCAUCUGCCAUGCGCAAGCGAGUGGAAGCGGCUUUGGUACGAGCGACAAACCUCGCAUUGGUCGAGGUUCGGGAACGUUCCGAGGCUGACGGGCUGGGAGGCCAAACUAUCACUCUAGUCCUCAAUCAUGCCUUUGGGUGCAUCGGAGAGGUGGAAAGGACGCAGAUUGAUUACGAUCUUCUGUUGCCAGUGCUGAUCGGGACGGCAUACUACUCGAACGAGGGGUUCCAGUCGGCAUACUUUCUUGGAAGUCUGGACCUGGAUGUGCGGACGAGCCAGAAUGGAAAGCUGGGCUGGAGUGCACAAUCGAGCUCAUACCGGCAGGUCGAGGUCAUCAUGAACAGGCCAUUGGUGACUUCCAUGGGCCCCCUCUCACGCCUCAUCGCGCACUCAGUCGAGAACCCCGCCGAAGAAGCCGCCACUCUUGAGGAUGAAGCCUUGCAUAAGACAACACCACAAUUGUGGAAUGUCCUCAAGGCUGCCCUUUUUGCAACAACCAUUAUACUUCGGGGUGUCUUCAACCGCACAUUGCAAGAUAGAGCACUAGCUGGGGAUGCCAUCGCCCCAAUACUCGCCUCGCAAGCCCUGCAAAUCCUACGCCAUCUUUACUUCAUCACCUCUAGGCUCGGCCCAGCCUCCUUUUCCCAACACACCUUUGUGUACCUCACAGCGAUUGACAUCCUUUCUGCCUAUCCCAACCACUCUGACAAGUUUAUCAAAGCUAUCGCGCCCCAACAACUCGGACAGAUACCCCGCCAUCCUUUUGAUCGCAUACUAGAUCUGUAUUUUCUCAAUACAGCAGAGCACUUUACUCUUGUGCUAUCUACAGCCACCAACGAAGAUCUACUUGUAGCUUCAGCAGUACCCUACCUCGCAGCUGGCGAGAACCGCCAUAUGCUGCCAGUAUUUGAGGCGGCACACAGUGUCAUGCUGGCCGUGCUUUCCGCACCACAAUCUGCCGAAAUCACAGCAAAGCAUCUUCCUUUUUAUAUUGAUGCUUUAUUCAGCGUCUUCCCUCAUAAUUUGUCGCCCCGUCAAUUCCGCUUGGCUUUCAAAACACUGAUGCGAGUCACGGCCCCUCCAUCGACUUUAUCAGCAACCCAUCCAGAUCUCCCAGCCACACUUCUGGAGCUCGUCUUCCACCGAGCACUCACCGCCCCUACAGAGGCACUACCCCCCGAUUCCGUCGCACUAGCUCUACAAAACUCAGAUGCGCCGCCUCCAGCUCUUUCAGAGCAAGCUGUGCUUGCACUAACCCUAAUUGACGCUCUACCUUAUCUUCCCAUCGCAUUACUCGAAGAAUGGCUUCCUCUAUGCGCAGAGCUUCUCAACGAGAUCAGCGACGAUGACAUGCGAGAAAACGUCAAAGCACGGUACUGGGAAGUACUAGUCAGUGGCGAAAUGGAUGCAGAACGUAGUGGAGUGGCGGUCUGCUGGUGGACCACCAAAGGCGGGCGUGAAAGAGUGCUUUACGGCAGAGAGGAGGAACUUGAUUUCAUGAGUGGUGCAUUACCUGUUGAAGAGGAGAGACAUGUACGCGAGACCCCAGCAUCCGUUCCCACAGCAGAGGCCCACGCGUCAACCACCACGGAGAUUGAACGAAUGAGGCUGGAAGUUCAAGACAAGAUAAGUGCGUUGGCGCAGCGUGAGAGGGAUGUAGAGGAUAGAGAAAAGGAUGUAGAGGAGAGGGAGAGGCAGUUUGCGAGAAAGACGAGGUGGGUGGAGAAGGCGUUGGGGGUUAGGGAGAAGACUGUUAAGAGGAGAGAGGAGGCGCUUUGGAGGGGUGUUGUUGGGGAUGUGGAUACGUAG